CGGUCGAUACGAUCCGUUAAAUCAUCAGCGAUGGCACUGAGCCGUUUCGAGUACGUUAAACAGUUCGAACACGAGGAGAAACUUCUGCCCAACUGCUGGGUCGUGAUACGCAUCGAUGGGAAGGGUUUCCAUCGGUUUUGUAAUGUUCACGCUUUUUCCAAACCGAACGACCUGGACGCGUUGCAGCUGAUGAAUAUGGCCGGCAUGACUGUGAUGCAGGAAUUCAACGAAAUCGCCAUCGCGUACGGCCAGAGCGAUGAAUAUUCGUUUGUGUUUCGUCGCGAAGCCAACGUGUACCAGCGGCGAAGGGACAAGUUGGUUAGCUACGUGGCCAGCCUGUUUACAUCCGCGUACAUGUUCCAUUGGAAGCGAAUUUUUGAUGGGCGCUCACUCGCCAUGCGAUAUCCCGCUUCGUUCGACGCACGUGCAGUGCUUUAUCCGACGGAUGAAAAUCUGCGCGACUAUCUGAGCUGGAGACAAGCUGAUGUCCACGUGAAUAACCUGUACAACACAACUUUCUGGAACCUGGUUGCCUCGGGGCUGACUAAUUCCGAUGCUGAAAAACGGCUGCAGGGAACGUUGGCUAGCGAUAAAAAUGAAAUACUCUUCUCGGAGUUUGGCAUUAACUAUAACAACGAACCGAUCAUGUAUCGCAAAGGAACAAUUCUGUUACAGAAAACCGUGUGCGUGGCAGGGAAGAAGCAAUCCAUUAUCGUUCCAAUAUUUGAGGACCUGAUCGGCGACGCGUUCUGGGCAAAACAUCCCGAAAUCCUGGAUAAGAAAGCCAAAACGAACGAUAUUUUUGAGCUUGAAGAAAAUGUUACCCAGCCUAUCGUCGUCUACCAACUGGAGGUACAUCAACGACGAAAAGCUGGCAUGAAUAAAUCGAAAGAUCAUACGUCUAGCGAUGAGAGUACCUAAAACUAAUGACUGGUUUUAUUAUGAUUUUAAACACUGAAAUUUAAAUAAUUAAUAAACUCAUG